CGCUAACGCUCGUUAUAGCGACAGCUAUUCUGCUGCUGUUGUUGUUGUGGUUGCGCUCUUCUUUUCGGUUCCAGGUCGGAGUGGACGACGACGCAGUACUGCUUGGACUGCUGCUGCCGCCGCCGCCGCCGUCGUCGUCGUCGCGGCCGUUGCUGCCGUUUCUACCGUUGCGGUGACGGUGCUGGCGGCAGUAGUAGUCUUAGAAGUCGGCAGCGAACGGAGUGGGUCGCUAGUGCGAGGGAGACACAGCCGCGCUUGCUGCUGCCAGCGCCUGGUGAGAGGCAGACAGAGAACACUGUAUCGCAAGACGGCGCCGCCAUCGGCUGAGAUAGCCGCCAGCGGCCAAACCGCUCAAGCAACAAAAAAAGACUUGAGCUGCUCCUGGUGGUAUUACGAUUGGAUCAAGUUCGAAACCCCAUUGCCCAAAGUUGUCGCCUCUAACGCUGUCCGACCCCGCAGUGAGCAACGACAGUACGACCCUGACUACGCUACGUAGUCAGUCGAUUAGACGGAAACAGACUACGUAAACAGUACAGUGCAGACCAGCUGCGCGUGGCGCUAUUUAUAGUGUUCAACUAUUCGAUCAAUUUUCACUCCCUGAUGAAAAAAUUAUCAUUGUUAGCCAACGAUGCCACGGUAUCCAUUACGAGCGGUUGUUUUUUGUGUAGACAGAAGUUAACUUAAGAGCCACGAGAGAAUAAAUUUGGUGUGAGUACCUUCGGGGGUAUAGAACUGCAGAAGCACUUCACGAAAGAAAUCGUUGUAUGAAACAGCUCCGCCACAGACAGAUACACUGAUACGCACAGGUCCCAGCGUUAGUUAGAGUUAGUUUUUUCUUUGUGAAGACCUAUUAUGCUGUAACGCUAUUGCUGACACGACUCAAAAUGGCCAAGUAAAUUUAAGUGCAAAGCGCAAACGAGAAAGUAUGCAGGCGGGUUUGCUGUUUAAGAUACUGCUACAUUUCGAGAUAAGAUCCUGCCAAGGACAAAUAUCUUGGUAAAAACCUGGAUGUGGGUUUUCUAACCGUUUUACUCUAGGCUGUAUUUAACAGUGACAUCAACGAACGACGGUAUAAAAAUUAUGAAAAUGUAACCACCGGUAGAGGAAGACGAAAACAUACUCCAUAGUUAACCGUCCCAGAAGCAGCGACGUUUUCUAGCAGCCUUUGCAGUCCGUGGUCAUCGGUCAUUCCUUGUCGUGGUGCUCGUUGUUGUGCUUUGCGACGAUCUACAAUUUAUUGUUGUUGUGUGAGCGUGAAUCUUAGCCUUCCGAUUGCUACUCAGGAUACCGAGUUUCUCUGUUUAGCUAGAGAAUAUCAUUGGCAUCAGCAGAAGCACAACAAAGCCAUUCACAGCUUCAUCCUAGGAGUAACAGUAUAAUCCACAGCAGUCCUAUCUGACUGUGCCUGUAACAGAAAUCGAGACUAAGUUUCAUUCGAUACUUGGUUUGAUUUUAUCCUUUGCCUGCGUGUGUUGAAGAUCACAGGGUUGACUCCAGUGUUUGGAGUAGUCGUAACGUAACAAGGAUAAAAUAAGCAUCAGUCAGGGAGCAGAUGCGAACGGAGGAAAAAUAAGCUAGUAUUAGUGUAACAGCGGUCGUGGAUGUGAAGUAGCUGUUAAUACAUUCGUCCGUAUGCUGCGGUGUAUUUGUUUUUUUAUCGAAUCGCUCAUAAUUUUUUCAGCCCUGGUUGGUGGAUUGGUGCCAGCAGUGAUGGUCUGUUGUGCCCCUUUGCAUGUGAAAGUAUGACCGUCAACAGUCGCGUAGUUAAUGGCCAGCAGGACAACUACCGCGGCAGGACAGAGCAUCUCUUUUUAAACUGAUAAUAGCUGCUCGCAGUCGAUGAGUGCUCAUUUCGAAAAGGAUCGCUGAAGUCGUUACGGCCAACUGAUCGUUCAUCUAAAGAACUCAGUUGUUGCUGUACACGCUUGAUCUAUGGAUUGUAAGCUGUUGUGGUUGCCACAUCCAAUUUCCUGACAUCGUCCUGUCAGUGGUCAUUGAUGGUCAGUCGACAUUCAAGCGGUUACCGUAGUACCUGAAAACAGGUCUAGUCGUCAUCAUCCGUACUCGCCACGAACUAAUCCGAGAGCGCCACGAACUAAUCCGAGAGCGCCGAAGUCACCGACAACAUUUUCUGUUGUUGGAGAGACGGCAGUCGCCGGAAUUAAGGCACGUUGCUUUCGUUGUUGGGACGGUGCCGGCGUUUGCUUUGCGUCCGCAACGACUGUAACGUCGCUGCUGUAUUCGGUCGUUCGAUGGUAGUGUUCUUAUUUCGUCACCAGUUCUGGACGAGCGCCCUUGAGGUUCCUCCAGAGUGCCAUGAGCAAGAUACAACAGUUAACAGCAUCGCCAGCAUCACUAGCAAUUUGCCCAACUUCGGAAGUCUUAGGGGCUGCGGCGCCGGUGGCGGAGGUGUCGGAGGAGGUGGAGCCGGUGGAACCUCCGGUGCCGCGAACAACGGUGGUAACGUCACCAACGACAGCAGCGUCAGCAGCGACCAGUGUACCGGUGGGGGCACGGCUAAGGGCAAGGGCUGCAUUGUUUCAACGACGGGAACUAAUCACACGAACGCAGGAGGGCGUGGGGAUAGCGGCGGUGGCAGUACUGCGAGCUUACAUACAACAAGUAGUAGCAACGCUACAACAAAGAUUUCCGGAGCCUCUGCACCGGGAGACGAUACAGGUGGUGGGGCAAUUAACAUCAACGGUGGUAAACCAUCAUCUAUGAGCAUCAUCGGUGCCGGUAGCGAAGGUUCGUCGAGAACUGCGCCACUCGGAGCUGCUGCAACACCCACGAGUUGUUCUGGGGCACUAGUAGGGGGGUCGUUGCAGAUGAACGCCAGUAUUACGGGCGGAACUGCAAACCUGGCGGUGGGAGCCGGAUCAGGUAGUGGGGUUGGUGGGGGAUCAAUUUUGCCAGCGGCGGAAGGUCCAUCGAACGGUGCGUCAUCAACGCAUAGGUCUGCCCACCAACCGCAACAGCAGACCCAAGAAAAACCGCAUGGGGCUGGAAGUAAUGUUGCCGGUUAUGGUAGUGUUGGGGGUUUAUUACCAGCCGGUACGGAGGAUACACGCAUCACACAGAGUCACUCAUCUCAGAGCCCGCAGAUUCAUCAGCAUCAUCAAACUGCCUCAAGGAUACGCUUAAGUGUGUUAGGCGCCAAGAAUCUGGUCCGCCGAGAUUUUUUCCGUCAGCCAGAUCCGUUCUGCAAGAUAACAGUGGAUGGCGGUCCAGACAUCGCGGGACAGAGCUUCUCCACCGUAUUCUGUAGAGGCACUAUAGAUCCAAGGUGGUCACAGAAUUUUGACAUGUAUAUCACUAAUCAAACCUCGAUAACGAUAUCGGUGUGGAAUAAUCGAAAGAUUAGUUCGAAGAAAGAGUCGACAGCCUUUCUCGGCUGUGUACGUCUAAAACCCAACAUGAUUCAGCAGCUCCGAGAUGCCGGCGUUCAACUUCUCGAGUUGUCGAAAUUUUAUCCCUCGGAGGAUACAGCAUCCGUGGAUUCCGUAAAGGGCCACCUGGCGAUUUCUCUGGCUUCGCGCGGGGCUGCGCAUUCAUUUCCGGCAACUUCGGCAAUGGCUGGCAGCUGUCCAUUAGUUUUAAUCGGAUGCGGUGGGAUACACGGUCCUGUUACGAGUAGCGUAAGUAGCGGUGUUCAUCGGGAAACUGUGACAACUGCCGCAGUCUCUUCGCUGCCGGCGCCCAAUCAACAGCUCUGCACCAGCACCAACGCGACAAACAGCCGUGGUUCACCUGCUCACGCCAGCUGCAAUGGCCACACCGCGAGUAGCAACUAUAUUAAGUGUACCAGCCACUCCAGCUCCAACUCUGGCAACACUAACAGCGGCUGUCUUAACAACAUCGUAAAUAACAACAACGAUAAUAGCAAUCCUAACCACAACAGCAGCAACAGCAACAGCAGCAGCAGCAGCAACAACAACAACAACGCGGGUCGUAAUCGCAACAAUAGUUCUAAUAAUGCUGUCGGUCAAACAACAGCGACGACAACGGGAUGCUGCAUGUCGCAACAACAAAGCAGCAGCAGCAGCAGCAACAACAACAACAGUGCGAAUGCUGCUAAUCAAGAGAAUCAGGAUAGCAAUAAUACAGUUAAGCAGAUCGCAGAUGCUUGUGGCAGCGGCGGUGGGGUAGCAGGAGGACGAGGUGGUGCAAAUAGUAGCGCCGGUGUAAAUGAUGAUUUGCCUGAAGGAUGGGAAGUACGUGUUACGAAUUACGGCCGGGAGUACUUCGUUAAUCACGCCACUCGGACAACGCAAUGGACCAGGCCCGUUACGUCGGCUUACGAGCAGGCACCUCCGAGACGCGAGCGAGAGGGCCGCCGAAGGUCCACAAGACAUCGAAAUUACCUAAGUCGCAAUCAGCUUCACCGAAAUAUACCAACUACCACGGAUCUACAAGACGGUUACGAAAUCCGCACCACUGAGCAGGGACAAGUUUACUUCAUCAAUACCGGAACAGGCCAGGUAUCCUGGCAUGAUCCACGUGUACCAAAGGAGGCGCCUCGCAAUGUCGACCUUGGACCUCUUCCUUCCGGUUGGGAAAUGCGAGUUACUAGCUCAGGGAAGCGGUAUUUCGUUGACCAUAAUAACCGCACAACACAAUUCACUGAUCCCCGUCUAACGGCGGCUACCGGUACGUCCAAUCUGGCUAGUGGAACCGGGAAUGAACAGGCUGGCGGACAUCGCGGACCAACCCAUUCGACACCCCCACGAAGGAGUGCUCACGCACCCACGGAAAGGGAACACGAUAGCAGAGGCAGACGGAAUGCAUUUGUAGAGGGCGGGGGUAAUGAGCACGGUGCCCAAAUCUCUGUAAGGCAAGCUGCUCCGUCUAUUAAUGUCUCAGGCCUGCCACCGAUCUCUCCGACGACGCAUGGCUCGCAACCCACUGCUCAGCAUUUUCUAAGUCAAAGUCAGGUGGCAGGUAGUGGAUGUCGUGGAGAUGCAUCUAUUCCCGGCGUUUCGCAGCGUCUAGGGCCUAAAGAAGAACGUGAUAUACCAGGACUUUUCCGUGGCCCACAAAAACACAACAGAGAUCUCGUUACAAAACUUACUUUGUUGCGGAGGGACUUGCAGGCUUUCCAGCCGCCAACUGGUCAUUGCCGCCUGGAGGUGUCACGCGAGGAUAUCUUCGAGGAGUCGUACCGCCAGAUAAUAAAAAUGCGUCCCAAAGACCUCCGCAAGCGGCUUCAGGUGAAGUUUCGUGGAGAAGACGGGCUCGAUUACGGUGGGCUGGCAAGAGAAUGGCUCUAUCUGCUCUCUCAUGAGAUGCUGAAUCCAUAUUAUGGGUUAUUCCAGUACACUCGUGAAGAUAUUUUUACUCUGCAGAUCAAUCCCGAUUCCAGUGUUAAUCCAGAGCACCUAUCGUACUUCAAGUUCAUCGGUCGUAUCAUUGGCAUGGCCGUGUUUCAUGGUCACUACAUCGAUGGCGGCUUCACGCUCCCGUUCUACAAACAACUGCUUAACAAACCAAUUACGCUAGCAGAUAUCGAGGUCGUUGACGAACAGCUGUACCGAAGCCUCAAAUGGAUUCUCGAGAAUGACGUGAACGACGGUGGCGCUUUCGAUGAAACGUUUGAAGUUGAACAUAAUCAGUUCGGACGCGUCGUAAUGCAUGAGCUAAAGCCAGGAGGAGCAGACAUAACCGUUACAGACGACAAUAAAAAAGAGUAUGUUAGUCUAUACGUCAAGUGGCGUUUCAUGCUCGGCAUUGAAGCACAGUUCCGCGAACUACAGAAAGGCUUUAGCGAAUUGGUACCUGUAGCACUACUUAAAGAUUUUGAUGAUCGUGAGUUAGAGUUAGUUAUUGGCGGGCUAGGUCGGAUCGACAUAGCCGACUGGAGAGAUCAUACGCGCCUGAAGCACUGUUCGCCGCACACCGCUCAGGUCGAGUGGUUCUGGCAGAUUGUAGAGUCGUACGACGAGGAGCAGCGGGCUAGACUAUUGCAGUUCGUCACCGGUUCUUCACGUUUGCCAUUGCAGGGCUUUUCAGCCCUGCAGGGCUCCACAGGUGCCGUCGGUCCUAGGCCCUUCACGUUACACCUCGUCGCGGAUGCUUGUACGGAUAACCUGCCCAAAGCGCACACAUGUUUCAAUCGAAUUGACAUCCCGCCGUAUGAGAACAAAGAAAAAAUGCGAGACAAGAUCACUCAAGCUAUCGAAGAGACAUGCGGUUUUGCAGUUGAAUGAAUAGAAGAGAUAGAAAAAAAUCGCGCGAGCCUACCUAGGACAUUUCUGUUUUGCAGGCGCUUGAGUGUGUGGUGUGUUUAUUCAUGUGAGUCUGUGGGAUUUGAUGAGAACAGUAUGGUUAGCCGAAAGCAUUCUAUUCGCAUCCUACGUUUGGCGUCUAAAGGAACAGUGUCUCCUUCCGAGAUGAGACCGAAAAAUCAAUGGAUGAAAAUGUACUUUUAAGGCCGGCAGAUUUUGAUUGCGUCGUUUCGGUUUUCGAAAUCUUCAACCGCCUGUCCGCCAGGAUAGGCUCUGGGUGAUAACGAUUGCCGCGACUGAAAUUCAAGAUAUAUGUGAAACAAAAAAAAAAAGUGGUAUAUAUAGUGGUGUCCUGAGACGUCAGUAACGCAAGCUAAUGUGUACUUUUGUAUAUAUAUAUAGUAACGAUAUGAUAAAACAUCGAUGAGAUUGCAAGCAUGACGACGAUUUUAAGUUUUCUUUGCGUGUGCGUUUCGCGUCAAUUGAAUGGUCAAGAAGAAUAACCACGGCAUUAAUUUAUCAUGAUAAUAAUAGCAGCUGACAUAUAAGAUGCUAGCUAUUUAGUCAUUAUUAAAAAAUUGAAGACAAUGAAAUGACGAAAUAGGAUCUUCACUAUGACAUAAGUUAAUUGAUGGAUUGAUAGUUUUUGGUAAAACGGAAAAAGCAAGACAAUUGAUGCAUGUAUAUACAUUGAAACGAAAACAUUGACACAGAACGGUAUAGCAAAGAGCCAUGCGUUACCAUGAUGCGAAGUACCUGUGGACGGGAUUUACCAAAAACAAAAGUAACUUCAUGCCCUAUUAAUUUACCCAUGUCUAAUGGUUUAGCUAGUGGUACGAAUCGAAUGAGGUUUCGUCUAAUCUAAAGAAAAAAGAGCCUGAGGCUUUUUUUUCGCGUAACUUGGAUGGCUAAGUGCGUGAUUGAAAAAGCCGGAAAUCUUCGGUUCGAGCCUUACGACACAUACAUACAUACAUAGAAUGUUUAUCUGAUAUACGGUUUUAAAAUAAAUCAUUAUUGUCCUGUUUAGUGAAUAGAACAUUACAUUUCAACACGAAACACGCAAUUGUGCAUUUGCUGCAUUCAAGUACAGAAAAAUGUUGGCCCAGAACUUGAUUUCCUGCGACCAUUUUCACCCAAUGUGUUACCCUAUGUUACCCAGGCGUCGAUGUCACAAAAUUUGUCCUAGUUGUUAUUAACUCCGCUGUAAUUUUCAAAGGGAAAACUCAUAAACAGUAAGAGAGGAAUGCGAAGAUGGAAUCUAAUGUUAAAGGAUUAUGUUCGGAACAAACGUUUUAGUAACACUUCUCGUUCGCGCAUAUUUGACCUCGAACUGUCUCCCAAACGAAACAAGUGCUUGGACAUUGCCCGCGGAAGAGGGCACAAUAUAUAUAUAUAUAUAUAUAUAUAUAUAUAUAUAUGGGCAAUUCAGUCGUGACCUGCUGGCUAUUGGAAAGCCAACCAGUCGUGUAGUAAUCAAAUAACUUCCAAAAUAAUAAGAUAUUAAUAAAGA